CUCUAUAUUGUCCCCACCUCAUGUCAUGUGUCAGUAGUCUAUCGCACCUAAUCAGCUUCUUUAUGCCCACACUCAUAUUUCGGUAUUCAAAUCAAUAAACUGAUGUAUAUGCAGGUCUCCUGAGUUUAGUCUGUUACCCUGUGGAGUUGGAACGAGGACCUAGAGGCUUUGGGUUUAGCCUCUGUGGAGAAAAGGAGUAUAACAUGGGAUUAUUCAUUCUCAGCCUUGCAGAAGAUGGUCUAGCAAUCAAAGAUGGACGCAUUCAUCCAUGCUAAAGGGAAAAAGAGUGAUUGUCACUGGAGCCAGCUCGGGUAUUGGCGAGCAGAUGGCAUAUCACCUGGCAAAGAUGGGGUCUCAUGUGUUGAUAACUGCACGUACCGAAGAAAGACUCAAAAAGGUGGUUGAAAAAUGUACAAAGCUUGGUGCAGCUUCUGCUUAUUACAUCCCCGGAAGCAUGGACGAUAUGACAUUCGCCAAAAAUGUAGUGCAUGAAGCUGAACGUUUAUUUGGCGGCCUGGACAUGCUCAUCCUGAACCAUAUUGGUUACACAUACUUUAAUUUCUUUGAUGGGGAUGUGGAUCACAUAAGGAAGCUCCUGGAAAUAAAUUUUCUGAGUUAUGCAACCAUGACAGUAGAGGCUCUUCCGAUGCUAAAAGCAAGCGGUGGCAAUGUAGUGGUGGUCUCUUCAUUUGCAGGUAAAAUUGGGUUACCUUUGACUGUUCCAUAUUCCACCACCAAGUUUGCCCUGGAUGGCUUCUUCAGCUCUCUGCGAAUGGAGUUCUAUGCCCAGAAAGUGAAUGUCUCUAUUACAUUGUGUGUUAUCAGCUAUAUUGAUACAGACUCUGCUUUAAAUACGGUGUCGCAUGUGAUCCAGCAGCCUGCUGCUCCAAAGGAAGAAUGUGCACUUGAAAUCAUUAAGGGAGGAGCUUUACGACAGAGGGAGGUAUACUACCAGUACCAAGCCACCAAGAUCCCCAUGCUACUGAGAGACUGGGCCCCCGAAUUAUUAGAAUACCUUGUCCUAAAGAAUUACAAUGUGGAUGCUCUCAAUAAGAAGGAGUGACCUUUGAUCUUCCAAGACAAAACGGAACAAUCGAAAAGGACAAAGUCAGAAAGGGAUAUACAAUAUAUAAUCUAUGGACAUUGUCACAAAUUGGCUGGGACUAGCCUAUGCACAAAUUAUUCAGAUAUAUAGCUUAAGCAGCAUUUCAUGUAUUCAUGGAAGGAGUCCUGAGAAGAUCUGAAUUUGAGCACCUAAAAUCUAUCUUGCUAGUCAAUAUUUGUAUUACAGCUAAUAGUUCUAAUUUCAGAAAUGUUCCACAUUAUCCACCACAGCCUAAUCAAUACUUUUAGUGUUAUAUACCUGCAAAUAAAGGGUGGUGUUUUUGUU